UCUUUCAUAACCCUUUUGAAUGUUUUUUAACUAGAUUAACAUGGCUUGAAUGAACCGCCCAGAUCCUGUAGAGGUCACAUACAAUAACAUGAGAUUUCUUAUUACUCACAAUCCAACCAAUGCGACCUUAAACAAAUUUAUAGAGGAACUUAAGAAGUAUGGAGUUACCACAAUAGUAAAAGUGUGUGAAGCAACUUAUGACACCACUCUUGUGGAGAAAGAAGGCAUCCAUGUUCUCGACUGGCCUUUUCAUGAUGGUGUACCACCAUCUAACCAGAUUGUUGAUGACUGGUUAAGUCCUGUAAAAAUCAAAUUUCGUGAAGAACCUGGUUGUUGUAUUGCCGUUCAUUGUGCUGCAGGCCUUGGAGCCCCAGUGCUUGUUGCUCCAGCAUUAAUUGAAGGUGGAAUGAAAUACGAAGAUGCAGUACAAUUCAUAAGUCAAAAGCGGCGGGGAGCUUUUAACAGCAAGCAACUUUUAUAUUUGGAGAAGUAUCGUCCUGAGAUGUGGCUGUGCUUCAAAGACUCCAAUGGUCACAGAAACAACUGUUGUAGUCAAUAAAACUGGGAUGCCUGAUGCUAUUGCCUUGGAAGUAAAACUUGAGACAGAACCUAAUUUGUCACAUGUACGUGUAUUAGCCAACAUGUUGGCUUGAUUAAUGAAGCUUCCACAGGAGUAUUGUAAAGCAGUUUUACCAGGCCACAAGCUUAACGGAAUUCCAACCUCUGUUUGGGUUAUAGUCAACCUUUUUGGACACUAAACAAAAGAUUCUUGCUGUUCAGCAUUUAGAUGUGCUUAUUAUUUGUACCAAUUGACCUUUCUUGAAAUCAUGCGGUAUGACUGAGUUAUGUCUUGUUUAAAUCUAUUCCCAUGUCAGAAUCUUAUCAAUAUAUAAGAAAUUUAGAAAGAUUAGGUGCCAAAAUACCCAGCACAAUACUUGUAUAUUUUUAGUAUCGUACUGAACUAAAAUCCCAGGAACUAUGAACACUCUAGACCUUAUGUGGUUUAUCCAGUCAUUUCAGACAUCAAAAGAAGGCCCUUGGGUUAUUUGCCUGCUCACUUUAUGUUUACAACUCCCACACUUAUACCAGUAUACGUCAGGUUUGCUCAACUAUUGAUUUGUUUUUUUCUUUUGGAUUUUUACCAAGUCUUAGAGUGAUUAUUUAAUGCUCAUUUUGCACUGUUAGAAAAAAACCUCCAUUUUUAAAAUCUACAUUGUACAGAAGCGCAUGUCUUUACUGUCUUCAGACAUAAAAAGCCUUACAGUUCAUUUAAUGUUUGCACUCUGAGGUGCAACUUAACAGGGAGGGCCUGAAAAAAGAAUAGGAGGGGCUAUUAAAUAUUUUUAGCAAAAUGUUGCCUUUGUCUUGUGCAGGACAUGUAGAAAUAUGUUCUUUAAUUUAGUAAAUAUUUUUUUUAAAGGUAGAGAUGCUUUGUUAAUUGUAUCUAAAACAAUUCUUUUUUUUUUUUUUGGUUGCAGUUCAGCUAGGGCCGGGUUUGAACCCGCCACCCUUGGUAUAUGGGGCCAGCGCCUUACCGACUGAGCCACAGGCGCCGCCCCCGCUCUAAAACAAUUCUUAAUCAUAAAAUUUCUGAAAUUCUUGUAAUUUUUUCCCCAUACUUAUCAGAAAUUGUUUACCAACUUUUUUUGUUCAAAGUGUGAUUUUUUUUUCCUUUUCUUCCCAACCUCUUGCAAAAAAAAAAAAAAAUGGGUUUCUGCUAAUGAAUUGAGCAGACAUCUAAUAAAUAUUUUAUAUGUGCCUUUUGAGCUGUGUAACUUAAUAUUUGGAUACUUGAUAAUUUGUUUUAUUAUGUAAUUGAUAAAAUGGUGAUGUGUAUUAAUGUUAGUUCAAUCAUAUAUUUAUACUGUCUGGGAGUGUGUGGUUAUAGUUCCGUGGAAGAAAUAAUUUGUCAGUGUUCACCAGCUUGUA